CCACACUAGCUAGGCGUUUUCAUUGCAAACGGAAAAAAAUAUCUGCAUUGGGAAAAAGCGUCGUAACAACAUGCCAGACAAAUGACGUUUAACAUUUUAACUGAAAUAACAGAGCUGUGUUUUAGAUCAAAACUUUAUUCUGAACAAGGAUAAAUUGAACACCGUUACGUCUGGUUUUUAGACACAGAGCCACAGGAAUUUAUUUUUACUAUACAUGAAAUAGCUGGAAAAACACAGGUAAAACAUACCAGGUCUAGUGAAAACAGAUAUUGAAUAUUUUGUAUGUGUUUGGCACAUAAUCAGGCUUGCUUUGUAGGAUGUGCGUACAUACUGGAGUGCGCCGUUUACUGUAUUAUUCUUCAAAGCUGAGCAUCAUUGUCUUUAUCACGAACUUCACCGUCAUCACCGGUCACUGCAUGUAAACACGAUGACUUCUGCCGCCUCAGGCUGUGACAAAGGGAAGGUCCCGUCGUCGAGGAUCAGAUCGCGCCGCUCGGCUGCUGAGGCGAGAAGAUAGUACCGAGAGACGCACCCCGUUACAACCAGUCAUCUCCGCGGGACAAGGGAAACUCCCCUGCGCCAAAGCAGGCGGGGUCGGAAACGCGAAAGCCAGGCUCUGCCAGACCAACCCCAGCCUGGAGGAGCACGACGACACAGCUCAGUUGCACCCGGAGCGGCACUUGCAUAGCCCGGCGCCAGAGUCGCUGCAAUCUGGUAGACCCGUUAGCAUCACCUAAGCGACGGCACGCAGCGACGUGCGGUCUCCUCCGCGCUCGCCUUUACAUAACCCAGCACCAUUCUCCUCGGGUACGAGACGGAACACGAAGUACGGGAAACGGCUAGUCGCUACAGGAAUCUCUCCUGCCUGCGCGGAGAAAUGGACGGUUUUGCCGGCAGUUUAGAUGACAGCAUCUCAGCAGCGAGUGUGUCGGACGUGCAGGACCGUCUGUCUGCGCUGGAGCUGCGCAUGCAGCAGCAGGAGGAUGAGCUGGCGGUGCUGAAGGCUGCUCUGGCUGACGUGCUGCGGCGCUUGGCGCUGUCUGAGGACACGGCCGCCACCAAGAAGCAGUCCGGGAAAGGUCAUAACCCGUUACGUGAGGCCUUCUCUAUGUCCUGCAUUGCUAACGGCAGCUCCCGGGGGCGCAAAGGCAGCCACAAAGAUGGCCUCCCUCUGUCUGUGGCCAAGAAGGAGACCCUCUCCUCUGCAGCCAAGAGGGGCCACAGUGCUAAGCGAAGCUCGGGGAUGGAGCGUUCCCAGAGCAGCACAUGGGAGAGUGGGGAGGAAAGCAGGAGCAAGCUGGUGAAGGCAGCCUCCACAUCCAAGCUGCUGUCCAAGGCAGCCAAGAACGCAGACAAGCACAAAGACCCCGUAAUCAGCCAAGCCAGAAUGACGUCUCGAGAGAAAAACGGCCAAGAGGGGGACUACAUCAAAAUGUUCAUGAGGGGACGGCCCAUCACCAUGUUCAUCCCGUCCGACGUGCAGAACUAUGAGGACGUCCGCACCGACCUUCCACAGGAGAGGCUCAAGCUGGAAUGGGUCUUUGGCUACAGGGGCCGUGACUGCAGGGCGAACGUGCACCUGCUGCCCACAGGUGAGAGUGUCUACUUCAUCGCCUCGGUGGUCGUGCUCUUCAAUUACGAGGAGAGGACCCAGCGCCACUACCUGGGACACACAGACUGCGUCAAAUGCCUGGCUGUUCACCCUGAUAAGAUCCGCAUCGCCACAGGCCAGCUGGCUGGGGUGGACAAGGACGGGAGGCCGCUGCAGCCCCAUGUGCGGGUGUGGGACUCGGUCACUCUGUCCACGCUGCAGAUCAUCGGUCUGGGCACCUUCGAGAGGGGAGUGGGCUCCCUCGCCUUCUCCAAGGCUGAUUCAGGCACACACCUAGCUGUGAUUGAUGACUCUAACGAGCACAUGCUGUCCGUCUGGGACUGGCAGAAGAAAUCGCGCAUCGCUGAGAUCAAGACCACCAACGAGACGGUGUUUGCAGUUGAGUUCCACCCCACUGACACCAGCACCAUCAUCAGCUGCGGCAAGUCCCACGUCUUCUUCUGGACCUGGAGUGGUAGCUCACUGGCACGCAAGCAGGGCAUAUUCGGGAAAUAUGAGAAGCCCAAGUUUGUGCAGUGCCUGGCCUUCCUGAGCAGCGGGGACGUGGUGACAGGGGACUCGGUGGGGCUGCUGCUGGUCUGGAGCCGGAGCACUGUGGAGCCCGCCCCGGGGAAAGGCCACAAAGGUGCGUACCAGAUCAGCCGGCAGGUGAGGGCGCACGAGGGCAGCGUGUUCACUCUGUGUCAGAUGAGGAACGGCACGCUGCUGACCGGAGGCGGGAAGGACCACAAGGUCAUCCUGUGGGACCACGACCUGAACCCCGAGAGGGACAUCGAGGUGCCUGAGCAGUAUGGAACCAUUCGAGCUUUGGCCGAGGGGAAGGGGGAGCAGUUUUUGGUGGGGACAUCACGCAACUUCAUCCUGAGGGGCACAUUUAAUGAUGGAUUCCAGGUGGAAGUGCAGGGUCACACGGAUGAGCUUUGGGGGCUGGCCUCACACCCCUUCAAGGACCUCUUCCUCACCUGUGCCCAGGACAGGCAGGUGUGUCUGUGGAACGCUGUGGAGCACUCCCUGGAAUGGACAAGGCUUCUGGAUGAGCCUGGACACUGCGCAGACUUCCAUCCGAGUGGUGCAGUUGUGGUCAUUGGAACUCAUUCGGGAAAGUGGUACGCCCUGGACGCAGAAACGAGGGACCUGAUCGCCAUCCACACCGACGGGAACGAGCAGCUGUCUGUCAUGCGCUACUCUGUGGACGGCACACUGCUGGCAGUGGGAUCACAUGACAACUUCAUUUACCUCUACACCGUCUCUGAGAAAGGCAGGAAGUACAGCAGAUAUGGAAAAUGCACUGGACAUUCUAGCUACAUCACACACCUGGACUGGUCCCCUGACAACAGCUUCAUCAUGUCCAACUCUGGCGACUAUGAAAUCCUUUACUGGGACGUCCCGAACGGCUGCCGGUUGAUCCGAAACCGCUCCGAGUGUAAGGAUGUGGACUGGGCCACGUACACCUGCGUGCUGGGGUUCCACGUCUUCGGGGUGUGGCCAGAGGGGUCUGACGGCACAGACAUAAACGCCCUGAUCAGGUCUCACAACAGGAAACUGAUUGCGCUGGCCGACGACUUCUGCAAAGUUCAUCUCUUCCAGUACCCUUGCUCUCGGUUUAAGGCCCCGAGCCACAAGUACACCGCCCAUAGCAGUCACGUGACCAACGUGAGCUUCCUGCACAGCGACAGCCACCUGAUCUCCACGGGGGGAAAGGACACCAGCAUCAUGCAGUGGCGUGUCCUGGAGAAGACCCCUCCUCUGGGCUCCAGCGAAGGACUAGCCCUCAGCCUGGGGGAGGGGCUUCUGCUACACAACCCUGCCUCCUGGGGUGGGACCCAAGCGCCACUGCAGUUAACCACGCCCACUGAUACCCCCACGGCCCCUCCCAUCUCUACGGAGCCCAUCACCAAUGGACAGCAGCAAAGCUCCCCUGACAGCACCCCACCCCCGUCGGACAGCACGCUGAGCCCCGAGGACAGCUUGGAGCAGCCUAGCGAUGACGUGGCCACGCCCAACGACGAGCGAGCUCCCUCCUUACCCUUGUAAGACCCUGAGCUGGAAUCAAAGCCAAUGGAUGGCUUCCUCUGGAGCUCCUAGUGGCUGUAGGAUGUCACUGCGACUUCCACAAGGAGCGCAGCAAAACUGGAUUUUUUUUUUCUUCUGUGAGGAUCAUUUUUCUUUGAUUCAUUUUUCCUUUGCAGGCUGCAUGUUGCUCAUUUUUAAUCUGUUGAAGGACAGGAGAGAGUCCUUCUUGUUUCUUAACUUCACAAGGACAAUGGCGGGGAGUCUCAUGGAUCGAAUGCAGCAUUUACUCGUUGGAUGUUAAAGCUUUAGGGAAAGGACUGGAUCUGAACACACACACACACAUGCGCGCGCGCACACACACACACACACACACACACUCACUCA